AUGGCCAACUCAUCCGCCUGCGCCGAUUCGGAAUUCGGUCCUAUCCAUGGCUGCAGGGGAGACUUCGACUUCUCGCUGCUCUUCGAGCAAACCAUCUUUUCCGCUGUACCGUCUGGCCUGUUUCUUCUUUUGGCCGCCACCCGCCUCUGGGUCCUGUUUACGAGACAGAAGAAGAGCCAGAGAGUCGUCGUGGGCACAUGGCUGCGAUGGGCGAAGCUCAGCGCGGUCGCCUGCUACGGCGCGAUCGAAGUCGCUCUUCUCGUCUCAUGGAUCAACGCACAUUCAGGACUUUACGGGACAAGAGCCAGCAUUACGGCGGCUAUCCUAAAAUUGGUGGAUGUCUUCGCGCUUGGAAUAUUGUCCUGGCUCGAACAUUCUUACUCGCCACGCCCAUCAACGCUGCUCAACGUCUACCUGCUCGUCUCGUUGAGUUUUGAUGCCGUGCAGACGCGUACACUUUGGUUGAAGGCGAACGAUGAGGGAACUAGUGUUCUGCUCAUACCUGCCGAGUUCACCGCUGCGUUGCUCAUCAAAAGCGGUCUUCUGGUGCUGGAAGCGAUUGAGAAGCGGAGUCUUCUGCUCCCAGAAUGGCGACACAAAACUCCCGAAGAAACGGCCGGCGUAUUCAGUCGUAGCCUCCUCAUAUGGCUUCGGGGUAUCUUGCUAAAGGGCCGGAAGACACUCCUGGCACCCACGGAUCUUGACCCGCUGAGCGAGGGACUAGGCACAGCACAUCUAUCCCGCGUCUUUGGAACAAUAUGGAACAAGCAAAACAGACGACCCGCCAGCCUUCCUCUUGUGCUCGUCAAAGCCCUUAGAUGGUCAAUCAUGGCGCCAGUCAUGCCGCGUCUAGCUCAAGUCGCUUUUACACUCUGCCAACCCCUACUGCUGCGCAAGUUCCUUCGUUAUCUCGCUGGCGAAGCAACCUUUGUUGGCAAUACCGGCUACGCCUUCAUCAUUACUUACGGGCUCGUUUAUCUUGGCAUAGCCAUCUCGGGAUGUAUCUACUGGCGUCUGACGUACAAGUCUCUCGUCAAGUUGCGCGGGUGCAUUCUGGCAGCUGUAUACGAGAAGACGCUUGCUGUGGAUCCUGCUCGUUGCGACACGACCGCAGCUGUACCUCUGGUUAGUACCGAUAUGGAACGCAUUAUUGCAGGCUUCAAAGAUGUCCACGAGCUAUGGGCCAACACCGUGCAAGUUGCCAUCUCGGUUUGGCUGCUGUAUCGGGAGCUUGGGAUAGCCUGCGUGGCCCCGGCAGUCGUUGCGACCUUGUCAAGCCUCGGCUCAAUGUUGAUGAGUGCGUUCGCGGACAAAGCCCAGGUCUCGUGGAUGGAAGCGACCCAAGAGCGCGUUGCCAUUACCGCAAGAGCUGUGGCGGGGAUGAAGAGCAUCAAGCUACUCGGACUGUCGGGAAGUGUGUACGAUCUGCUCCAGGAGCUGAGGAAGGCAGAGCUCCACGCUGCUAGACACUUUCGCCACAUCGAGGUACUCACUGCCACGAUCGCAUUUCUGCCGCUGCUUUUGUCUCCUGUCUUCACGUUCCUGGUUUUUGUACUACAGGCGCAAAGUGCUGGCAAGCACCUGGAUACCGUCAAAGCUUUCACGUCCCUUGGUUUGCUACAGCUAAUGACGCAGCCGUUGGUGUGGUUGUUCCAGGCGAUCCCGCUAUUUGUGUUAUCACUUGGGUGCCUGAAGAGAGUGGAGAAGUAUCUUCAUGCCGAGCCAAGGAAGACUAACUUUUCCCUGAGCAGUUCCGUGGUCCAACCUGAAGAUUCGUCUCUCGCCGAACCUAGAAGCGCUGUGGUCAUUCGUGCUGGCGAGCUUGGAUGGUCAGAGACCAAGCCAGUUCUGACAAAUGUCAACAUCAACAUCCCAGCUUCGCAGCUGACCGUGAUCAUCGGGCCUGUGGCAAGCGGUAAAAGUACUUUAGCCAGGGUCAUGAUUAGUGAGCUGCCAUAUUUCCGAGGAAACCUUCAGAUAUUCGACUCUGUCCGUGAAAGUGCAAACACGGGUAUUGCCUUCUGUGGCCAAGAACCAUUCAUCAUGUACGGCACCCUCCUUGAUAACAUUACGGGCUUCUCCAGCUUCGAUAGCACCUGGCUGGAGUCGGUCGUACAUGCUGUGGACUUGGAGAACGACAUUGCAGCUCUUCCAAAAGGCAGAGAUACCAACGUUGGUAGCAAAGGCACCCGCUUGAGCGGCGGACAGCAACAGAGGGUCGCAAUAGCCCGGGCACUCUAUGCACGAAAGCAAAUAGCCAUUUUCGACGACGUUCUUUCCGGUCUUGAUGCAACUACUAAAGUCAAGGUCUUCGAACGUACGAUGGGUCCUCAAGGCUUACGACGUCAGAGUGGCUGCACCGUUGUUCUUUGCACGCACGACGUCUCCCUUCUCCCUCGAACAGACCACAUAAUAGUCCUAGGCCUUGACGGACGCGUAGCUGAGGCGGGAACGUAUGAACAGCUACGGGAACAGUCUUCUUACAUCAAAUCACUCGUGAUCCAGGAAAAGAGCAGCGCAAGUGGCGACGUGCUUCGCGAAGGUACUAGAGACGAGGCCGGCAGAGACGGACACGAGGCCCAUCAGCCGCUUGCAGCUGGAAACGAUGACUUGUCUUCUGACGAGCCAGCAGAUGACUUGACACGAAGACUUGGAGACGCGUCUAUCUACGAGUAUCUGGCGUCUCACAUCGGCUUCUGGCGAGUCGUGGUGUUCGUGGCUCUUACCUGUGGCUGGGCUGUCUUCUCAACAAUUGGCACCGUCUGGCUUAACUUUUGGUCCUCGGCCGUAUCGACAUUAUCUCCCCAUGGCGUCCAGAACGGCUAUUAUCUGGGAGUCUACGCUGCCUUUCAGGUGCUUGCGCUGGCAUUCCUCGCUCUGUUCUCCGGCUUCUCACUCACGACUCUCGCUGUCAAAGCCGGAACUUCACUCCACCACGUCUUACUCAAGGCGAUGAUAUGGGCCCCACAAUCCUUUUUCAGUGCAGUCGACACUGGUAUCACGACGAAUCGGUUCUCCCAGGACAUCAUUCUUGUGGACGGCGACUUCCCGAUGUCCCUUUUAGAAACUCUUUCGGCAGGUCUCGUGGCCGUGGUGCAGAUGAUCUUGAUAGCGGUCGCGGCACCCUACGUCGCUAUUGCCUAUCCUUUUCUACUGACCGCAUUGUACUUUGUUCAAAGCUUCUAUCUGAAAACCUCCCGACAGCUCCGCUUCCUUGAUCUUGAGGCAAGAAGUCCGCUGCAGACAAAUCUGCUAGAGACGGUGCAGGGCUUGGCCACCAUUCGCGCCUUUGGCUGGCCCGCACAAUCCAUCGAGGCAAAUCAUGACCUAGUCGAUGCAUCUCAGAAGCCUGUGUAUCUCUUAUACAUGGUUCAGAGGUGGCUGCAGCCUGUCCUGGAACUAAUAAUUGCGACGGUCGCAAUUCUUGUGGCCGCGAUUGCGCCGAAGAUGUCAGCUACAUUGGGAGGCUUGCUGGGAGUUGCCCUUAUCCAGCUAAUGUCUCUCAGUCAAGAGCUUAAAAUGAUCGUCAUCAACUACACUAAUCUGGAGACGUCCCUUACUGCAAUCUCCCGCAUCAAGGCUUUUGAGAAAGAGACACCUUCCGAAAGCCAUCCUAGCGGUGACAUAGCUGUAUACGAAACGCCACGCCCUGGUUGGCCGCAGGAGGGCUCCGUCAGCUUCGACGCAGCAACUGUGAGCUAUGUGCCGCCUGGCACCGAAAACGCCAGUUUCGCACUGAGGGACUUCACCCUUCACAUAACUUCCGGCCAAAAGGUUGCCAUCUGUGGGCGCAGCGGCAGCGGUAAAAGCACCUUGAUCGCAGCCUUGACGAGAAUGGCUGAGCUUGCUUCAGGAUCGAUUCACAUUGAUGCCGUCGAUAUUGGUUCGGUCCAUCCAUCAGAUGUGCGAUCUGCAAUCAACACGAUCCCCCAAGAGCCGUUCUUCUUCCAUGCAACUGUGGCCAGGAAUCUCGAUCCAUCCGGGGUUCUGUCUGAUGAAGCUCUGCGCUUAGCGGUGGAGAAGGUUCAGAUGUGGCAAGUCAUUGAGGACGCUGGCGGGCUGCAUGCCGCAGCUACGUUGGACAAUCUUAGUCAGGGUCAGAAGCAAUUGCUGGCUUUGUCCCGGGCAAUCUUAAAUCCAAGUAACGUUGUACUCAUGGAUGAAGCCACAAGCAGCGUUGAUCAGCAUACAGCGAGCAUGAUGAAACAAACCAUCCAGGAUGAGUUCAAAGAUAUCACCGUGAUUGCUGUUGCUCAUCAAUUGAGCACCAUUAUGGAUUUUGAUGUUGUAGUUGUUAUGGAGUCGGGGUACAUUGCUGAGACUGGAAGCCCGGCGAAUCUGUUAAAGACAAAGUCAUUAUUCAGGGACUUGUGGGACAGCCAGUGA